ACCUGUGCUAAUUAGCUAUCUAGCAUGCUCUGAAAACCUGUGUGUAAAUUAAUUGGGGAGGAACUGUAGUUCGUCAACUGCGGUCACAUGGCACACACAGUGUAUGAAUAUGUGCAAAACUGCUACACAAUCGAUUUUCUUUCGUUCACUACCCGUACAGUAGGUGGUGGCAUGCACCUUUAACGUUUGUUUGUGGACCGCCAUAAUACCAGAGAAGAACAAGACAUCGGUUACAAAAUGGGGGCUUGCAUGGCCUUGUGCUCUCUUGCUAGCUGUGCCUCCUGUCUGUGUGGCUCCGCUCCGUGUCUGCUAUGUGGCUGCUGUCCCUCCUCCAGAAACUCCACCGUCACCCGGCUGGUGUUCUCCUUCUUUCUACUCCUAGGGACCCUGGUGUCUGUCAUCAUGAUCCUCCCUGGCAUGGAGGCACAGCUCCAAAAAAUCCCAGGCUUCUGUCAGGGUGGGAGUACCAUACCAGGCAUGGAGAACCAGUUUAACUGUGAUGUCAUUGUGGGCUACAAGUCCGUGUACCGCAUGUGCUUCGCCAUGACCUGCUUCUUCUUCCUCUUCUCAGCCAUCAUGGUCCGCGUCCAGAACAGCAAAGACCCGCGUGCAGCCAUUCAGAAUGGUUUCUGGUUCUUUAAGUUUCUGAUCCUGGUUGGCAUCACUGUGGGAGCCUUCUUCAUCCCGGAUGGAACCUUCCAUACUGUGUGGUUUUACUUUGGCGUGGUUGGCUCCUUCAUCUUCAUCGUCAUCCAGCUCAUCCUUCUCAUCGACUUUGCCCACUCUUGGAACAAGUUAUGGGUGGGGAAUGCCGAAGAGGGCAACUCAAAGUGCUGGUUUGCAGGCCUGUUGUCAUUCACCUUCCUCCACUACGCACUGGCCUUCACCUCAGUGGUGCUGUUCUACAUCUACUACACCCAGCCUGACGACUGCACCGAGCACAAGGUCUUCAUCAGCCUCAACCUCAUCUUCAGCGUCAUCAUCUCCAUCGUCUCCAUCCUGCCCAAAGUACAGGAAGCCCAGCCCCAGUCUGGUCUGCUCCAGGCUUCUCUCAUCUCCCUCUACACCAUGUAUGUCACCUGGUCCGCCAUGACCAACAACCCAAAUCGUAAGUGUAACCCCAGCCUGCUGAGUCUGGUUUCAAAUGUCAGCUCCAGUGAGCCCACACCCACCAAUGCCCCAGGACAGGUGCAGUGGUGGGACGCCCAGAGCAUCGUGGGUUUGGUCAUCUUCCUCUUCUGCACUCUCUAUGCCAGUAUCCGUUCGUCCAGCAACACCCAGGUGAACAAGCUGAUGCAGACCGAGGAGGGCGGGGGUUACGGAGGAGAGGGCGAGGUAGGGGAGGACGGUGUGCGGCGGGCCGUGGAUAAUGAGGAGGAGGGGGUCACCUACAGCUACUCUUUCUUCCACUUCCACCUCUGCUUGGCCUCCCUCUACAUCAUGAUGACACUCACCAACUGGUACCAGCCUGACACCACCACCCAGGCCAUGCAGAGCAGUAUGCCAGCUGUGUGGGUGAAGAUCAGCUCCAGUUGGCUGGGCCUGGGCCUCUACCUCUGGACUCUGCUCGCCCCUCUCAUGUUUCCCGACCGAGACUUCAGCUGAACAGCCCCCCAUGGGCUUGUAAGAUGUUGGGUUGAACUUUUGUUUUGUUUUUUACGACUCAGCAUUUUUUAAUUUUGUCUCUGUUGGUGUGUUUAAUCUUGUUUUGUUCCGUUUUGUUUUACAUGUUAGGUAUUUUAUCUACCAUGGCUGCGUGGGGUAUGGUAAUGUUUUAUUGAUUUAGCCACGAAAUGAAAUUAUUUUAUUUGCCAAUAAUAUGCAAAACUGCGCUUAACUCUGUACCUUAACACAAUCUUCUGAGAUGAGCAUCAGUUUGUCCCAGAAUGCACAUUAGUGAACUAUAGCAAAGACUUAUUACCUCACUUUUACAAUAAUAUAUUAGUCGGGAUCCCCUGUUGUUAAAGUAGGCCUGGUUCCAGUUGAUUGUAUUUGUAUUUAUUAUGGAUCCCCAUUAGCUGCUGCCAAGGCAGGUUGGGGAUUCCCCCUCAUUGGCUGAGCUCCCGCAGUGCUGGAGCUUUAAGAGUGACCCUCUCCAGAGCCCCAGAGAGACGGUGUGUGAGGGAGAUAAACUAGGGGGACACACCCUAACCCCCCUCGAGGGUUCUCUGAGUCUGAGCCCUCUUACUGAAAUAAUUUAAUUUGUCCACAUCCUGAUUAAAGAUCACUGGACUGUGAAGUAUCAACCUACCCCUGCUCUAACUACAUAUUUAUGAACCCUGGAGCUCAGUUGUAAUACCCCCUACCCACCCCACCCUGAGGCUUAGCUCUCUAUCCCAACUAUGCUUGAUUCACGGAAGGCCGACUUAAACCGUACUGUGCUGGCUCAGAUAUUUUCACAUGAUCCUUUCCAGCACGGUUCCAGAAACUAUGGUGGAUGCAUAUUCAGGUCAGCCCAGUACAGCUCAUGCUUGGCUUGGCUCAGUUUGGCUCAGGAGUGUGAAAAUGGUACUACACAGUACUCUCAACACCGAUUAAGCAUAGUCCUGGACUAAGAAGCUAUUUCAAUAGAGAUUUUCCAUUGACCAUGCUUUUUAGUCCCGGACUAGGCUUAAUCUGUCUGGAAAACCGUCCCUUGAAGUCUACAGGGGGUUUAGGUGAGGAAGUGGGAUUCUGAACCUCUCACUUCUGCUCUGAGAAAUGCCAUAUGUUGCCACAAUGUUACUGAGUCAGUUUAUUAAUCAGUCAUUAGUGUACAGCUCUAUAACAAUGCAUUUCAAGAACGAUAUGUUGGUGUUUGAUAUUUAAAAUGGUUAUAAUUUAAUGGUUAUUAUCUGGAUACUGCUCUCAAAUUUGAUAAUUAUGAGUUGUUGGGUAAUUAUUGCACAUUUCAUAAUUUAAUGUCCGAUUAUUUACCUCUUAAUGGAUAUGAAGUUUCCCAAUGUGACUGAAAUGAGAUCAGUGUGUUUUAAACAUGGUGAAAAGAUUGGUGUACUUAAGAGAUGUGAAAUGUUGCUUUUGAGGUGAAAUGUUGAAAUUGAUGGUCUAUUGAAGAAUCUUGACUGAACUAUAGUAAAACAGUGCAAACAUUUGAGUAUUGUGAAUUCAAUUGUUUAAAAAAUAAAAUUGAAGACAUUAAUUCA